AUGCUAUUACAAAACGUGGCCCUUGCGGUGGCUGGACUUUGUGGUCUGUCAGCAGCUGCCAGUGACGGACCGCAAGCUGUCGAGAAGAUUGAGUUCACCAACGUCGGAUUUGCGGGCACCUAUACUCCUGUUGUGUCUAUCAAGAAUGCUGACAGCGACGACUGUUCGUGCUCGGUGGGCUCUAAGCAAUGGUUUUACGGCAGUAAUGCUCCUAUUUCAGAUGCCGUUUCUGUACACUUUCGUGGGCCUUUGAAAUUGAACCAGUUUGCUUUCUAUAACUCCUCAUCGUUCAAUCUGGACAAUGCCGACAAUUCAUCAGACUGGAGCCGUGUAGCCUACUUUGACGCCAGCAGUCAGACUGCAGAGAAUGCUGUUUUUCUAACUAAAGCUGGUAAGGACUCGCCGGUGCUCGGGAAGGCCCUCUCGUUCGCCGAUUCUGACGGUGUUUCCUCAUCCUCCAGCUCCCAACUUUUGGCCGAAGACACUUUGAUCACUUCAGAUCAAGAAUACGUGAUUUACUCAAAUGCCAGCUGUCCAAAGUCUGGCAAGAAGAACUCGUGCGGUGUCUAUCGGUCGGGUAUUCCUGCUUACCACGGAUAUGGAGGUGCUACUAAAAUGUUUUUAUUUGACUUCGAAAUGCCUACGGAGACCCAAAGUAACAGCUCUUCGUUCGAUUAUUUUGACAUGCCUGCUAUCUGGCUGCUGAAUGAUCAGAUUUCAAGGACUUCACAAUACCCUACCGACGCCAACUGCUCGUGUUGGGCGAGUGGGUGUGGAGAGUUUGAUAUUUUCGAAGUUAUGAAUGGUACCGAGAAAAACCAUCUCUACUCUACUUUCCAUACAUUCCAGGGAAUUGAGGAUUUGGGAACUGGUAUUCAGGCAGACGGAUAUAUUAACAGAGACACUUCGGGAAGCAUGAAGGGCGGUGUAAUCUUCGACUCGAACGGAAACACAGUGGUGUUUGUAUCCAACAGCACAUCCUUUGAUCAAACCAUCACUCCGGACUCUCUCAAUAACAUCAUUUCUCGUAUCUCAGAUGAUGAGUCUCUCAGCACCAAACUUGCCACCAUUUCUGCAUCAGCAUCGUCCACUACUUCGAAAGCCUCUGACGCAAAUUCUUUGUUCGAAAAGGGAACUGGUGCGCUGUGGUUUUAUGCUUUUACCUUCGUGACUAGCAUAGCACACACCGUGUUGUUCUAG